GUUAGAAGAGGUUCGCAAGUGCCACCAGCGCCUGAACCGAACGAUGCCUACCGACAGCUACGCUGCAGACCCGAAGAUGAAGACUUCGGUGCACGCAGCUGCCAAACGCGGGCAGGCAGCCAUGUUAGUUCAGCGCAAUUCGAAGAAUUACGAAGCCGUGGCGAACAAGCAGACGCUUCUGCGGGACGACGAGCUAGAGUUAUGGAUGAGACAGCAGUUUCAGGUGGUCAGCUGA